AUGCCUACAUCCACCGUCAGGCUAUGUCAAGAAGAUGUUGUGAAUGUUUCAAAAGAUCUGAUCAGACCUUCUGGCUGGCAAUGUGAAUGGAACAUUACUGGUCAUUUCAACAAACCUGUCAUGUGUAGGAUCAUGCUCACUAGCUGGCAGGCAUAUUUAAAGCAUCUACUUAUUCAUUGCAGAGAGUACCGCCAUGAGAACAAGAACACUUAUGGUUGUCGACUACCUCGCUGCUCUCUAGCCUCCGGCAUCACACCAACUUCCUACAACGACCUGAUCAAGCAUCUCGAGCAUUCACACCUAAAUCGUUCGGCGCUCCAAUGUCCUAUAAAAGGAUGCAAUUCUGUAUCUUUUACAAGACAUACUGCUCUAGAGAAACAUUUUAUGGAUGAACAUCCUGAAGUGUUGGAUACGAUCGUAACUCGUCCGUCACCCCUUCUCCAGCCAUCAUGGAAGCCCUUCUAUCCCAUACACGUGGAAAUUCCUCCGCUUCCCACAUCUGUUCUACCAGGAUUGGUAAUUCUCCCAGCAAUUCAAGGUUCAUGGCGAGGUCGCCCAUCCACACCUAAGAAUUUGGUCAAUGAAAAUGGAGUGAACAGCUCACCGAAGAAACUUGCAAAGAUGGACUCAUGGGAGGUUAAGCCAAAGCCGAGGGAAGAAUCUCCAGACGAAGCGCACGAUUUUGAGUUUGAUGACCUUGAAAUUCAAUAUAUCAAGCAAGGCGAUCAGAUUCUCCCCAAAUUUUUGACUGCAGAACAGUGUGUUAUUCGUCCCGAAGGACCUCAUUACGAUCUGGCGCGUCCGCAACCCCAACUUGAUCCUAACGAAUACGGGCAUCGUGUACUUCCUGCUACCAUUCUAUAUGACGCUUGGCGGCGCCAGCACGAAAGUGAAUUUGUGUUUACAAGUAGUGAGGACGAGAAGGACGAGGGUGAAGGGGGAUGUGAAAACGAAAACGAAAACGACUCGACAGCAGGUGCCUCCAGUUGA